UGUUCACAGGCGAGAGGGAGGAGAGAUGGGCGGGGUAAUGAGAUAUAAAGCUGCCUUCCGAGGUUAUAGUGCAGCAGCCAGAGCCUGGAUUCAGGAAGAUACUGUGGCCAUUGAAUGAAACUCCUUGGAGCUCGUCAUCUUGUUUAUAGUCUGCUCCCAAAACUGCGACUCGCCAUGAGCACCAUCAGUACUGGGACCUUUCAAAACUCCCUGCCACUCAAUUACCGUGGAGGGAGUAGAGUGCAGCCUAUAGACUCUGUAGGACAAGAACAGGCCCACGAACCAACCACAGGGCGCGUCAUUGCAACUUUUGAUUGCUCUGGAGAGAGAGAGGUAAAUGAAGCUAUUCAAAGUGCCAAGGCUGCUUUUAAAAUAUGGAGUCAGAAGUCUGGAAUGCAGCGAAGUCGUGUCUUGUUGGAGGCAGCUCGUAUUAUAAGAGAGCGCAGUGAAGAACUUGCUACUAUGGAAACUAUUAACAACGGGAAAUCUAUCUUUGAGGCAAGAGUGGACGUUGAGAUUUCAUGGCAGACAUUGGAGUAUUAUGCUGGUCUUGCAGGGAGUAUGGCUGGUCAGCAUGUCCAACUCCCAGGAGGAUCAUUUGCUUACACAAGGAGGGAACCUCUUGGAGUUUGUGUAGGGAUUGGAGCAUGGAACUACCCUUUCCAAAUUGCUUGCUGGAAGUGUGGACCUGCCCUAGCAUGUGGAAAUGCCAUGGUAUAUAAGCCCUCACCCUUCACUCCUAUUACGGUAGUUUUUCUGGCUGAGAUCUUCAAGGAGGCGGGAGGCCCACCAGGUCUCUUCAAUGUGGUGCAGGGGGGAGCUGCCACUGGGGAAUUUCUCUGCAAGCACCCAGAUGUAGCCAAAAUAUCUUUUACAGGCAGUGUCCCUACUGGCUCAAAGAUAAUGGAGAUGGCUUCAAAAGGCAUAAAACCAGUUACCUUGGAGCUGGGAGGGAAGUCUCCACUCAUUAUCUUCUCAGACAGUGACCUGAAUAAUGCUGUGAAUGGGGCCAUGAUGGCAAACUUCCUCACACAGGGGCAGGUGUGUUGCAAUGGCACACGUGUCUUUGUCCAACGAGACAUCUUGGAGAAGUUUACUGAAGAGGUGUUGAAGAAAGUAAAGAAAAUUAAAAUUGGAGACCCUCUCUUGGAAGAUACUAGGAUGGGUCCACUCAUUAAUCGCCCCCAGCUGGAGAAAGUAUUUGGCUUCAUUAAAUCUGCUGAUAAGCAAGGAGCCAAGAUUUUGACUGGAGGAGAACCUUUCAUCCCAGAAGAUCCUAAGUUAAAGGGAGGCUUUUUCAUGAACCCCUGUGUACUGGGAAACUGCAAGGAUGAGAUGACCUGUGUCAAGGAAGAAAUUUUUGGACCUGUAAUGUCGAUACUGCCCUUUGAUACCGAGGAGGAAGUUCUUGCAAGGGCCAACAACACCACCUAUGGUUUGGCUGGAGGGGUCUUCAGCAGGGACAUCCAGCGUGCGCAUAGAGUAGUGGCGGCUCUACAGGCUGGAAUGUGCUUCAUCAAUAACUACAAUGUGAGCCCAGUGGAACUGCCCUUUGGCGGUUACAAGAGGUCUGGAUUUGGACGUGAAAACGGACAAGUGGCCAUGGAGUAUUAUUCGCAACUCAAGACCGUUUGUGUGGAGAUGGGAAAUGUUGAAUCUGUAUUUUAAAUGGCUGGUAAAUUUCCAUCUAUCUUGUAUUUCUUACUGCAUUCUGCUAUGAAGGAAAACAGAAGUGUUGUUGUAGUAUUGUACUGCUAUAUUGCUAGAAGAACAUUAGUACAGCAAAGUAAUCCUUUGUUAAUUUGUACCAGUUUUGAUCUCAAGGUAACACUUUUUGAAAAUAAACACUAUGAAUAAA